GCCGCUGUGCCGUCGGAGCAGGAGCGCCGAGCGCCCAGGCGCCCGGAGGGCACUGCUGGCUGGAGGGACCCACCCCGCCGCUGCACCCGCAGUCCUGCUGCCGCCCAGCUUCCCGCACCCUCGCCGCCUGAACUGCGUGCCGAGCCCGAGGGAGGUGCCAUGCGGAGCGCCGCGAGUCGGUGCGCGGUAGCCCGCGCGCUGGUCCUAGCCGGCCUUUGGCUGGCCGCAGCCGGGCGCCCCCUAGCCUUCUCGGACGCGGGGCCGCACGUGCACUAUGGCUGGGGUGAGCCCAUCCGCCUACGGCACCUGUACACCGCCGGCCCCCACGGCCUCUCCAGCUGCUUCCUGCGCAUCCGUGCCGACGGCGGGGUUGACUGCGCGCGGGGCCAGAGCGCGCACAGUUUGGUGGAGAUCCGGGCAGUCGCUCUGCGGACGGUGGCCAUCAAGGGCGUGUACAGCGACCGCUAUCUCUGCAUGGGUGCGGACGGCAGGAUGCAAGGGCUGCCUCAGUACUCCGCCGGAGACUGUGCUUUCGAGGAGGAGAUCCGCCCUGAUGGCUACAACGUGUACCGGUCCAAGAAGCACCGUCUCCCCGUCUCCCUGAGCAGUGCGAAACAAAGGCAGCUGUACAAGGACCGGGGCUUUUUGCCUCUGUCCCAUUUCUUGCCCAUGCUGCCCGGGAGCCUGGCGGAGCCCAGGGACCUCCAGGACCACGUGGAGGCUGAUGGGUUUUCUGCCCCCCUAGAAACAGACAGCAUGGACCCUUUUGGGAUUGCCACCAAAAUGGGACUAGUGAAGAGUCCCAGCUUCCAAAAAUGAGUGGGGCUGCGGCCUCCCCCUGCGCCCACCCCACCCUCAGAGGACAGGACCGUGGCCGACCUGUGGCUCUUGCAAAGCGGGUUCUGGCCGUGCUUCUACAAGUACAAUCCUGGGCCCGUGCUCCAGUUAGCUUUAGGAAGAAACAUCUAGAACUUGUACAUACAGAGUUGGACAUUGGCUGUCCCAGUUUCUAGCGGAUAGACUUGUACGCUCGUGAAAUCGUAAGCCCCCACCCCGCUCCUUUGCCGUUGCUGGACAGUUGCUGUGCUGCCCUGAUCCCGCUUGAAUACCUCCACUGACCGGGAGCUCACUACCUUUGGAAAGAUUGUUAGGCCAAGCUGAAGUGUUCUACAGAUCUCUCUCCCGUCAUUUCCAGCAGAAGCAGCCAGAAGAAAAGCGGUCAGUUUAAACUCCCGUACAGGCGAUCAGCUUUGUGAAACCCUAGGUAAAUUCAACUUUACCACAGCAUAA